AGCGAAGAAGGAUAUAAAAACAGUCGCCGAGAAAGUCUCCCGCUAUGGAUACCGUUCUCAUGGCUACAACACCACCAAUCAGAUGUCUUCAUGCUUCAAUUCCUACGGUGUUCCGUUCGCCGGCGAUUUAUCAGGUCAGCUGCCGGAGCUCCCAACUGUUUUCCUACCGUUCGACGACUAUGAUGAGCAUGUGUUUUCUCAGACGGUCCGAUUUGAGAUCUCGCUUUCUUAGUACUCCGAAAACCACUUCUCCGAUGAGACGACCUCGCUUUUCCGUCGGUGCUUCUACGGAGGAGUCUUCAAUUCCUUCUAAUCGGAACCUUAUCGUGGCUAACUCCGUCGUAAUCGUAGCUUUAGCUGUAGCUAAUCGCGUGCUCUACAAACUCGCUUUGGUUCCCAUGAAACAGUACCCUUUUUUCAUGGCUCAGCUCACCACUUUCGGCUACGUCUUGAUUUAUUUCACCAUUCUGUAUACGAGGCGCCGUCUAGGCAUUGUGACGAAUGAAAUGAUGGAUGUACCCAAAUGGAGAUUCGCAAUCAUUGGUUUUCUCGAAGCUCUUGGUGUUGCCACUGGCAUGGCUGCAGCAGCAAUGCUUCCUGGACCAGUUAUACCCAUUUUGAAUCAGACAUAUUUGGUGUGGCAGCUGCUUUUUGCUCUUCUUAUUUUAGGCAGGAGGUUUUUGCUUAACCAAAUUGCUGGUUGUCUCCUUGUGGCUGUGGGGGUUGUGGUGGCUGUUUCAAGUGGAUCUGGUGCAGAUACUACGCUAUCUGGAAUCGGUUUCUUAUGGCCUGCUGUAUUGGUAGCAUCCGCUGCUUUUCAAGCUGGUGCAUCUAUCAUAAAGGAAUUUGUUUUCAAUGAUGCUGCAAAGCGUCUUGAGGGAAAGUCACUGGAUAUAUUUGUGGUAAAUUCAUUUGGAUCUGGAUUUCAGGUAUCUACUACUACAAUAUCAUGUUGUAAAUGUAUUUGUUACAGCCAAAACAAUUAGACAUGCUUCUCCAUUACAUCAAGAGUACGUGAAGAAAACAUUUGAAAGCUGCUUUCCUCUGUUAUUCACUUAUUAUCUCUCUCCUACUUGAGAAGAGUUUUUGUUUUUUGGUUUAGUGUUACGGAUCACUGAAGCUGUGCUUGUGCAGGCUCUUUUUGUGUUCCUGUUGUUGCCUUUUCUCUCAAACUUGAAAGGCAUUCCAUUCGCCAGCCUUCCUUCAUAUCUAAAAGAUGGUGCCGGAUGCUUCUUCAACACUGGAGCUAAGAUUUCUGGCUGUGAUGGUGCCCCUAUACUCCCACUGCUCUAUAUAUCCACCAAUCUCGCUUUCAACAUCUCAUUGCUCCAUCUGGUGAAAAUAUCUUCAGCAAUCGUUUCCUCUCUUACCAUGAUGCUCUCAGUGCCAUUAGCGGUGUACAUAAUGUCAAAACCAUUGCCGUAUCUACCGGGAGGAUCAAGCUUGAGCUCAAAUUUUACGAUGGGGUGUAUAGUUCUUGUCCUAGGUCUUCUUCUCUACAACAUUCCCACUACUCCAACUAAACAACACACCAAGACCUCCUAACACACUCACUCACCAUUCAUCCUUUUUGUGCAUUACUUUUUUUUUUGUUGAUAAACCAAAUUCGUGUAAUUUCCCAAUUUUUUUUCCUUUGACCAUCAAAGAUACAUAGAAUAUUCUCAGAUAUUUUUUUUACGUGAAAAACUAGCUU